UCUCCUUUGUUCACGACAUCAACAUCACCUUCACCGCCAUGGUCAGGGUUUCUUUUCUCGUGGGUAGCAUCUCUUUGGCUCUCCUCUAGAGAGAGAGAGAGAGAGAGAGAGAGAAUGUUGCAGAGAGCAGCAAGUAAUGCAUAUUCAUGGUGGUGGGCAAGCCACGUAAGGACAAAGCAGUCGAGAUGGCUGGAACAAAACCUCCAAGAUUUGGAGGAGAAGGUGAAAGAAACGCUCAAAAUCAUCGACAACGAUGGGGACUCCUUUGCACAGAGGGCAGAGAUGUACUACAGGAGGAGGCCGGAGCUAAUAAACUUCGUGGAAGAAGCGUUCCGGGCAUACAGAGCUCUGGCAGAGAGAUACGAUCACCUCUCGAAAGAACUGCAAAGUGCCAACCGCACCAUUGCCACAGUUUUCCCCGAAAGGGCUCAGUAUGCAAUGGAUGACGAUGAAGAAAAUCUCCCGGGAACAUCCUUUCCUUCGGAUGAUCCAAACAAACAGGACCAGGAUGUUGCCGCUGUCCCUAAACCAAGCAUUCCGAAAGUCCCAGACAUUCCAAAGAAGGAUUUCAGGAGCCAAUCUAUGUCAGUCUCAAGGAAAAAACCCAUUAAAAGAACUGCUAGUACUACUGCUAAAGCUGCUGCAGUUCCGAGUUCAGGACUGAGCAAAACGGAAGCAUUAGAAGAGAUCGAUAUGCUUCUCAAAGAAAUCUUGGCACUUCAAACUGAAAAGGAGUUUGUACACAGCUUGUAUAAACGCAAGUAUGAAAAGUUCUGGGAAAUUGAAUGCCAAAUCACUCAAAUGCAUAAAAGAGUUUGCGAUUUGCAAGAUGAGUUUGGCGUAGGCACUGUUAUUGAAGAUGAUGAAGCUCGAACUUUGAUGGUUGCUACGGCUCUAAAUUCAUGCAAACAGACCUUGGUUAAGUUGCGAGAGAAACAAGAGCAAGCAGCGGAGGAGGCAAGAGUAGAGCGGCAAAGGAUUGAGGAAGCCCAUCAGAAGUUUGGGACUCUCAAAGAUGAGUUCCUUUCCAAACGAGCCGAUUGCCUAGAGAACAAUAGUCCAGAGUUGAAGAAUAUAGACCAAGGGAUAAAUAUUGAUGAGGAACAAGAAGGACAUGCCAUGGAAUUGCCACGGCAAAAGAUUGAGGAACAGAUUGAUUUGAAUUCAAAAACCUCACUCACUGUAAUGGAACUAGCAGAUAAGAUUGAUGAACUUGUAAAUAAGGUUGCUACUCUGGAAACUUGUGUCUCUACUCAGACUGCUAUGGUGAAGAGACUAAGGUCUGAAAUAGAUGAGCUUCAGGCACACAUUCGAAGCUUGGAAGAGGAAAAGGAGAGUCUGGUGGAAAGUUCAGAUGUUAUGAGAAAAAAGUUAAAAGAGACGGAGGAGGAGUUGAGGAGAGUCAAAAAUCUUAACCAAAGUGUGGAGCACCAAAGAAACAAUCUCCAGACACAUUUCACAGAAGCUAGUAGUGGCCUUGAUAAUCUUUCUGGGAAAUUGAAGACUGUGAAGCAGGAUGAGAAGGUCGAGGAUACAGAAUUGCUCCAGGAAGUGAAAGCUGUUCCUGAUGCAGAACCAGAGAAUAAGUCGGUCGAAAAUAGUGGUAAGAUAGUUCCUAGUGACGAGCCAGUGAUCUCAGAGGAGGUGAUGGCAGAAGAGGAAGAGAAGAAGGAUGAUGAGAUUUUAGAGAUUUUGGCUCUUAACAAUUCCAACACAGUUGAAGACGAAAACCAGCCAGACUUGAGCAGUGACCUUGGUUUGAUGCCCGAAAAACCCAAGGAACCAAUGCAGCAGGAGAAAGAUGAGAAGCAAGAUUCUUCUCCAAUAGUAGAUGGUGAUCUUGUUAUUGAGACUCGGGAAUUAGAGGCAGAGGAGGAAGAAGAUCAACCAAUCUGGAGGAAACUGUUUGUAAAGGGGUUAGAGGACAGGGAAAAGAUUCUGCUAGAGGAGUACACUUCAGUUCUUCACAAUUUUAAGUCAGCAAGGAAGAAGCUGAGUGAGGUGGAGAAUAAAAACCGGGAUAGCAUCUUCGAACUGGGGAUGCAGAUAAGAGAACUGAAGAGUGCUAUUGUCUCAAAAGAUGAGGUGAUCCAAACUUUACUUCAGAAAUUAAGCAACCCACAAGCAAGUCCAUACACUACGCCGGAGUAUAAAUACAUACAGCAGGAAAGCAAACCUCAAGCAGCUACCUCCCAGAACUCUGAUACCGUAUCUUCAAACACGAAUCAAAAGUCACUUUCUGAUUUAUUUAGUGAACAACCAUUUGAACCCACAGGAACAAGCAAGGAAUCGCCCGCAAACUUGGAAGCAACUCUCACAAAGGAGGAAAAAAAUAAUAAGUUCGAGGUAAAUCUGGAUAAUGAAAAGCAUGCUACUUCGCCUGUUGAAGAGAGAGUCCGUUCGGAUAUUGAUGGACUGCUGGAGGAAAAUCUAGAGUUCUGGUUGAGGUUUAGCACAUCAGUUCAUCAGAUACAGAAGUUCCAGUCAUCAAUCCAGGAUUUGCAUGCAGAGUUAAUGGAACUAAAGCAUAAGAAGCAAGAAGGAGGCGGUAAACACCAAACAGGAAAAUCAGAUAUCCGACCAAUAUACAGACACCUGAGAGAGAUACAAACUGAACUGUCAUUAUGGAUGGAGCACAAUGCAUUGCUGAAAGAAGAACUUCAGAGUAGAUUCUCAUCCUUGUGCAACAUUCAAGAUGAGAUAUCAAGAAUAUCCAACGCAGAUUCCAGAGCAGAAAAGACAGAGCUUAGUCAAUAUAAAGCCGCAAAGUUUCAAGGUGAGGUUCUCAACAUGAAACAGGAGAACAACAAGGUUUCAGAUGAACUGCAAGCAGGCCUCAACCGUGUAAGAGCAAUGAAGGAUGAUGUUGAGAAAACAGUGGCGCAACUGGAUGAUGAACUUGGGAUUUCAGCGUCAAAGAAAUAUUAUACAACUGGGGCUAGAAUUCCCUUGCGAUCUUUCUUAUUUGGGGUCAAGUUGAAGAAGCAAAGGCCAUCAAUCUUCUCGUGUGUGAAUCCAGCACUGCAGAAACAGUACAGUGAUCUAGCUGCUGGGCUGCCCACGUAGAUUAUUAGCCUUUCAGAAGUUGUACAUAUCAAAAAAUCCGAAAAAGAAGGGAAAGACGAGAUUUGUAAGCUAAAUUCUCCAAGACAUCUCAUAAACGAGAGGGAGAUCACAAGUUUAAUCCCGUUUGGAUUUUUUGUAUUGCGUUCAUCGAAAAUUAGAAAAUAAAAACGUC